AUGUCCAUCGUAAACACAUUGUAUUUGCAGGCUCCACCGACAAUGGAUACGCACGUCUUCUUGGACCAUAGCUACAGCAGUACGGAAGUGUGCAACCGUGUGACAAUGCUUGAGGGACCUCCAUUCGAAAGGGAGCUGGCAGAGCUGAAGGAUAAAUGCCACACCACCUCGUUCCCAACGGUAUUCCGAGACACCAAACUGCCUCCAACACGAUUUCGCCGCCCACGCAUAACGGAUAUGCCGUACCAACCCCCGCACCAUCUGAGAAAGCCCCGGCUCACCCAAUAA